GGAUAAUAAAAAGAUCUUUGAGCUAAAAUUGAAAAGAGAAGAGAACGAUCGAACUUCGAAGUAACAGUAUCUGCUUUGGUUUUUCAUUCAAAACGCAGAAGAUCAAAAUCAAAGAUCAUAAGGUAGGAGAGAGGAGAAAUGGCAGCGAAGCAAAUGGAAGAGAUACAGAGAAAGCUAACGGUAUUGAAUUAUCCUCGAGCUAACGCUCCGGCGCAGUCUCUUCUCUUCGCCGGCAUGGAGCGUUACGCUCUCCUCGAGUGGCUUUUCUUCAAGCUACUAGGCGAUAAAUCACCAUUCUCACAGCAAAAUCUGCAAGGAGAUGCAAUGGAUCGUGAUGAAGAGACUGCUCGUAUUCAAUGUAAGUCUUUUACUCUUAAAUUUGAUGGAGUUAUUCCCUGCGUGAAAUGUUUUUUGGUCCAGGGGCGAGGGAGCUAUGAGGAUCGUACUGAAAUGCUUCGCCUAAUGGUGGAUCUUGUGGAGGCUUGCAUCUAUGCUGAUAAUCCAGAAUGGAGUGUAGAUGAACAGGUAGCAAAAGACAUACAACUGAUAGAUUCUAUCGCAGAGAAACAAGCUGUAAUUUUCUCAGAGGAAUGCAAGUUGUUCCCGGCAGAUGUGCAGAUUCAGUCUAUAUAUCCAUUGCCUGAUGUAUCCGAACUGGAAACAAAACUUGCGGAACAAUCAAAGAUUCUCUUGAAUCUUCAGCAGAAAGUUGAUGAUUUGGCAUCAAAGCAUGCUUAUAAUCCAGAUGAAGACUAUACAGAGGUGGAAUCCCAAUUGCGGGCACAUUUGGAAUCUUUUCUAGAAACUGCAAGACAAUUCAAUUUGAUUUACACCAAGGAAAUUCGCCCAUGGACCCAUAUGAUGGAGGUACCGCAGCUUCAUGGUUUUGGACCAGCUGCUAAUCGAUUGUUGGAGGCAUACAAGAUGCUGUUGAAGUUUCUAGGGAACUUGAGGAACCUUAGAGACUCACACGCAGCUCUUGCUGUUGGAUCAUCUGAAACAAUAGCUGGUGAACCCUCAUCUGUUAUAAGGAUAAUUUCAGAGUGCGAGUCCGCAUUGACAUUCUUGAAUCGUGAUCUUGGUAUUCUAUCGGCUUCAAUUGCACGUGAGCGAGGCAAUGAGGUGACUUUAUGAUGACUGUGUUACGAGAUAGACACCCACCAACAUGAUCUCUUGACUCUCUAUUGAGGACAUGUUUUGCAGCUGGAGUAUUUUUAUUUUUCCUCCUUAUAUAGAGAUUAAAUUGACUGUCACAGUAAAAUUGUAUUUUGAGCACGUCUAAAUUAUUAUUCAUUACAAACGUCAGUGAUUGUAUGGUCCCUAGCUACCCUCAAAUCUUCAAUAUUGUGUAAGUUGAACGUUGAACUAAAUCUUCUUCGAAUGGAUGGGAUUAUUUGUUGAAAAAGCUGGUA